AUGCAUCUCCCAUUUCUUGUAGUGAUAGCUGCCCUUGUCGUUGGAUGUGUCGCAGCCGAUGACAACAUAACCUGCAGCGAAGUAGUUAAGGCAUUCAAUAGUCUCGAAGACUACUAUCGGAGCCUAUGGGAUACCGCCAACUCAAUUGAUACCGAUGCCGAAAUCACGGCCGAUGAAGGAGCGUAUCCGUACAUAUACAAAAGCCUUGAAGAUAUCCUAGGUCUCAGUGCUGAGCUCACCCAGCGACUUUACAAGCUCCAACCUGAAACAUUUGUUAAUGAAGAAGGAAAGGAUGUUUAUGACGCCCAUCGCAACUGCUCCGUUUCGGAGAAAGACUUCUUGGCCGUCCUCAGCGCCAAAGGGCCCAAAGUGGUACAGAAAACACCCGCACUCAGCGAGCGCACCGUGGAGGCUCUAAGGCCUCUUGUAGACUCCAACGAGAAUCUCGGUGCAGCAACGAUAUACAGUCUCCAAUCCAACCUGCAGGAAUCCGCUGUCGUCAAUGUAUGGGGUGUGGAUUUGAAGAUUGUGGAUGCCAUUGCUGCUUAUCAGAUUGGAAACUGUACUGCGGCUGCGGUAAAGGAGGAGCCUAAGGAGCCUGAGGAGGGAGAGCAAGGGGCGGAAGGGGAGCAAGCUCAAGACGUAGAGGAAGGGGAAGAAGUGGGGGGAGCCGACGCAGUCGACGGCGUGGAAGAAGAGCUGGCCGAGUAA